AUGGUUGCGGAUGAAAUAAUUGUUGAAUUGAUUCAUGAGAAUAUUGAUAGUGAAGUAUCCAAAUGGAAAUAUGUGGUUAUUGUGUAUGUUAUUGGUGGAUCACUAACGAUUGGGGCUAUGGAAAGGUUUAUAGUUGGGCAGGGGAGUUUUUAUGUUAAAUCUAAGGUAUAUUACCAUAAUGACGGGUAUUUUAUGGUGAAUUUUGCAAGUCUAGAGGAAAGGAAUAUGGUGAUGUACUCUGGGCCUCACAUGCUUAACAACAGACCUGUAGUAGUUAAGCAGUGGACUGUUGAUUUUGGUUUUGAUGAAGAAGACUUGAAGACUAUACCAAUAUGCGUGAAUUUGCCAAAUCUACCUUUGAGCUGCUGGAGUGCAAGUGCACUAAGCAAAAUUGGGAGUGGUCUAGGCCAGCCCAUAUAUGCUGAUGCUUGCACUUCAAACACUGAAAGAAUUUCGUAUGCAAGAAUUUUGGUGGAGGUAGAUGUCACUAAGGAGCUACCAAAGAGUAUUAAAGUGAAGGAUCCUAAGGGGAGAGUUAUGGUGCAAGAAGUGUGGUAUGAAUGGAAGCCAAGCUAUUGUGCAAAAUGUAUGCAGAUAGGACAUAACUGUCAACAGCAGCAACAGAACAAAGCAGUAAUGGACAAGAAGACAGGGCAACAACAGCAAAGAGCAUCUACAAAACAAAGGACUGAAUAUAAGCCAAUUAACACAGGAUCAACAAUCCAAAGCCAACACCAUUUAAGAGAGACAAGCCAGUAUCAAAAUAUGAAGAGAAAUGAAGAAUGCAGUACAAGUAGAGGAGUGGAGUUUGCAAUGAUAGGAAGCUAUGCACAGCUGAUACAUGGGGUUGUAAAGAGUAUUGUAAGUAAGAAUGGGUUUCAAUUUUUUGCAGUACGUGGAUUAAAUAAUGUACAUGAUAGGAAAGCAUUAUGGGAUAUAGUAAGGAAUAUAGAGAAACAAGCCAGGGAGCCAUGGUUACUAAUGGGAGACUUCAAUUCAAUUCCGGGAGCUGAAGAUAGAAUGCAAGGCAGAGAUGUGCAGCAUAGUGAAACAAAUGAUUUCAGAGAAGUAGUUGAGGAAUGUAAUUUGGCAGAAUUACCUACAAUAGGCAGGUCAUAUAUAUGGACAAAUAGCCAUGUAUUCAGUAGAAUUGAUAGAGCAUUUGUAAAUGAUAAAUGGAUGCUCAACAUGCCUCAUAGACAAGUACAUGUCAUGAAUCCUCUUUUCUCAGACCAUUCCCCCUUGGGUAUUAAAAUAAAUGUGAAAUGUGAUACUAAGAGAAGGCCUUUCAAGUUUUAUAAUUAUAUGGCUGAUCAUCCUGAGUUUGGGCAGAUUGUGGAAAAUAACUGGAAAUAG